UAGGUAGAGCUGCCUGACAAAUAAUGCUCAGGGAUAACUUUGACCCUGACAGACGCUAGUGGUGAGCUAAACAUUGUGAAAGGCUCACGUUCGCGUGACGAUUGCUGUAACUGAGCAUAAAAUAGUCAGUGAUUCCUGUCUUUCUAUUCUACAGCAUAUGGAUCUAAACACGGAGAUGGACCAUAUGUCUACAAACGAUAAGGGUCUUGACCCCUUAAUGCUUUUGGACCAAUUCUUUGAGCUGUGGAACAAUGAUGGUCUGAAGAUGCUACAUUUGGCUGCCAUCCAAGGAUUUCCAAAGCUGUCUGAGCCUCUAGAGGCCUUGCUAACAAUCCUGGAGAGAUGUCCGGGGAAACAGAAGGGUCGAAACCACACCCUGGGUUCUCACAUUCUCAUGGAAUUCCAGACGUGGAUAAAGGAACAUCCUCAGGUGAGCCUGAACUCUAUCUCUGAGGACAGAGCAGUGGAGCUUCAGAUCCGGGCUCUCGGCCUGCUGACAGACAUCCAGCCAGACUUUGUAGACGGCCUCAUCAACAUCUACCAACUCGAGUCCUUAGACCCCUCCAUACUGUGUUUGCAUAUUGUCAAGCUCCAGACUCUAAGAUGUUAUAAAGAAGCUAUAACGCUUAGCAUAAAAUUCGAAUUACAGACUGAACUCAAUCCAGAGGAGAUGCUUGUCCCACUGAUUUUACAAGACAAGUUGCAGUUGGCAGAGUCCUUUGUCAAAGGACACAGCCAUUUAGAACAACGGCUUGUCAUGUUACUAGACUCUUGGUGUCAUCCGGACUUCAACUUGGAAGAUAUAAGAAAGCAUUUUCCUCAACUCUCUCUGUCCAAACACUACGCAGCACAGGUUCAACCUAAAUUGCUCACCCGACAUGUCUAUCGACUGAUGGAAAAAUUCAAAAUUGAUCAAAGUCUCUGUCCAAAUGCUCUUCACAAAAGGAGACUGGACACUCUGCGUUACCUUAUGUUUAAGAGAUUUGGGGAGAAAACAAUGACAGAGGAAAAUUGGACUGAUCAUGUGCAAUAUGUUGUGGCAGAUGACCUCCAGCUGCAAGUCCAUUUGGUAGAAAUGUUGGUGAAGUACAGCUGUCUUCAGAAAGCUGCUCAGUGGUCACUGAGGUACAAAAUUCCCAGAAAUAGACUUCCACUGGGGGUAUGGGAAACGCAGCAGUCCCUGCCACCUGAUCAACAACAGAUAUGUUCUGAUCCCAUCACUCCAGAGGAGUGGGUGCCACCUCAGUCUCACUGCCAGAAGUUCUACCAGGUUCCGCUCACCAAAGACAAGGUCUACUUUAUAGAUACGCUGGAAACUCUUCACAGAUGCCAAAGCAUUGUCCUGAAGGAAGGUGGUAUAGUAGGACUCGACAUGGAGUGGCAGCCUACAUUUGGCUGUGCCUCUUCUCAGAAAGUGUCUCUCAUCCAACUUGCUAUGCUGGACCAAGUUUUCCUGUUGGACCUCUCAGCAAAAGCGUUCUGUCAGCAGCCUGAUCUACUCGGUUUCAUCAGGGCAUUGUAUUCUGAACCAAAUAUUCUGAAACUGGGUUAUAGCAUGAGUGGGGAUCUCAAGUGUCUCUCUGCCACCUGGCCUGAGCUAUCAGAGGAGCCGCUGAAGAUGGAGGGCUUUCUCGAUCUUCUUAGGGUACACCAAAAGAUUCAGUGUGGAAAGGUGAAUCAGUUACCAAGUGGCCCUAGGGAGGUCCUGGUUGGUGAGGACAGUGCAGAAAAAGGCCUCAGUCUGCUGGUGCAGCAGGUCCUAGGAAAGCCUCUGGACAAGACACAGCAGAUGUCCAACUGGGAGAAGCGUCCACUACGCAUCAGCCAAAUUAGAUAUGCAGUGGCAGAUGCCUACUGUUUGCUAGACGUGUUCUCCACUCUCUACAGCGACCCAGCAAGCUUUGGGCUGCCAGCUGACCUCCGCAGUAUCACUUCAGGCCAAUCAGAGACAAGAAAAGACAAGAAGCAGAAGGAAAAAAAGGGCAAGAAGACGGAACAGGCUCUUGGCAAAGAGGAAUGUCAGGGGGCUCAGAGGGUCACUCCCUCUCAUUCUGACAAAGUGAAAGGCCUCCUGUGUGGCAAGCUGCCCCCAGAAGAUUCCCCACCUCUACCCCCACAGCAGUUGCGGGUGGUGUGUGACAACAUGCUGCAGGGACUCGGAAGAUAUCUGCGGUGUUUGGGAGUUGACGUGGUCAUGCUGGAGAACAGCGACGAUCACAGAGUGGCGGCACAGCUAGCUCAAGCUGAAGGCCGUGUCAUCCUGACAUGUGGUCAGCCAUUCCAGACUUUGCGUUCCCAGGUGGGUGAAGGUCGCUGUCUUUCCUUAGACUGUUCAGAGAAGGCCAGAGACCAGGCCAUUCAGGUCCUCAGACACUUUAAUGUCCAGCCUUCUCCCAGCGAUAUAUUCAGCCGCUGUCAGGCAUGUAACAGUGAUCAAUAUGUGGCGAUUCCCAGAGCUGACAUGGUAACAAUGCUCAAAGAUAAAGGAUUUCUGCAGGAUCACAACACUGAGGGGAUGCUGGAGAAAUCCUGUCAGCAGGAAGAGCUGAGGCUCAAUGACACUGUGACCCUCAGCACGACCCCUGAACCCCCCAGGUACGCCACUCAGUGUCGCUGGGCCUCCCUUUCAGGACUGGACCGUGACACCCUGACCUUUCCCGGAGGGUCACCUAUUCAGCUGCACACCGUGCCCCCCGGCCUGCUGCAGAGGAUACCGCUGUUCUACGUCUGCACCAGAUGUGGCAAGGUGUUCUGGGAAGGCUCUCACUUUGACCGUGUCCUCUCUAUGUUCCAGGAAGUCUUACACGUAACAGAUGAGGACAGUAUCUCAGCUGCUGGGCAAUAGACACAAUGCCCAGAGCAACUGGUGCCAUGUUCUUAAGAGUACUGUUAAUUUGUCUGGUUUGUUUGUUUUUUUUACUUGAGUGAGAAAUGGAUGAAUGGUCUUUUUAAAAGUUUUAGAUUUUUUUUGUUUUAUGUCCAUAUUUAUAUUAUUUGAUUCAGCUUUUGUAGUCUUUUCAGGUUGAGAGUAUUUAUUUUUCUGCACUAUAGCAUGCAGCCAGUGUAUGGCUCUAUCACUCUUUGAGCCACCAAGUCAAAGGGCAGAAUUAGAGAGUAGGUGAGAAGUGGAGUGUAAGAGGAGCUGCACUGGUGCUACUUUCACUUGCUCGGUCUGGGAUGCCAGCUUUGUUGAUACAAGGAAUUGUUAACUUUUUUCCCAGCCUAAGGAAUCUGAAAGUUUUGUUUUUUUUUUUACUGUAAAGGAUAUAUAUUAUCCUUCCCCACUAUUAGAGUGAAUGUAUUGCUUUACCAGAUCAUCCACAGUACUGGGGAAUUUUUAUGCUCUCUUCUCCUCAGCUCACCUCAUGGGUUUUCUAUAAGAUUAAGACUGUCUAGUUUUUAGUUUUUCCAUUUAUUAUUUACCAUUUUCCUCCUAAAAGUCUUUCCAGACUCCGAAAGAUAAUUUUGUAUGUCUUUGGUGUGUCAAAGAGUUCAUGUUGAAAUUGUUUAACCAGUGUUAACAAGGUCUUAAGUGGAGAAACAAUGCCACAGUACAACAAACAUCAACCAUACUUUAUUUUCUUCAUGUUUAUUUGUUUCACACCAGAUGUUUCACUGAUGUUGAUGUAAAUUUCUGUUUUAGUUUGUUCUGACAAAAGAAGUUCCAGUUUUAGUCACAGUAGAAUUACAUAAAGUUCACGUCUGGUUGAAAUUUAGAUUGUUUUAGUGGUUAUUAUAUUACCAGCCUACUUACUGAGCAUGAUGGCAAAAAGAAAAAUCUGUUCUUAUCAGCGUCGGAGUUCAAUUUGUACAGUAAAAGUGUACCUUUCUUAAAAGAAAAGCAAUCCUCUUUUUUUCUAGUGCGUUAAACAUUUAAAGAUGAAGUUUAAAAACAAAUGGAAGUGUAAAUUACGAAUAAUUCAUUUACAGAAGUGAGGAGCAUAGAAAACAAAUGUCGGUACAGCUAGACAUCUCAAACCAACAUGUGUCAAGAGUAUAUUGUUUUUUUUCAUGCUACUGAAGAAAAUUUCUCAAAUCAAAUGUUUUUUUGUACAAAUUUUCUGUGUUGCUAUUAAAAUCGAACGCUCUUGAAUUGAGAGUAUGUUAAAUGUCAAAAAUGUCUGAUGGUUUAGACAAUACAAAAAUAAACUGAUUUUUCAUUUCAUUAUUAAACUGA